AUGGAAGAGCAACACCAAUCGAAACGAGCUAGGCUUGAAGAAGAUGCAGAUACCUUUGAUGGAAUUGGUGUAGUAGUCUUGAUAGGAGAUCAGUACAAUGAAUUUCAAGACGCUCAACCUAAUUAUCAAGAAAUACCUGGAAAUUACAGCAAUGUGGCUAAAAAGUUGAUGGCCAAAAUGAAAUAUACUCCUGGUGAAGGGUUAGGCAGGCAUAGCCAAGGACGUAGAAAUAUUAUUGAAGCAUCUAAACAACGAGGUCACCGAGGUCUUGGUUCAGAGAAUAAACAUUUUCAACAAGAUGAGGAUACUGAAUGGAGUGUAGAUGAUGAACAGAUUAAUAUCGAGGAAAUGGCAACUUGGAUAGAUGAGUGUCAGUUGCCCUUGCCUGAUAGAGCUACACUUGAUAGUUGGAUGAAGAUUGGAAAGAAGAAGAUGACUAUUGAUGAUGAAGCCAAUUUUUGUGAGCCUAACAUUCUUAAGGAUGUUCUAGAGUGCAAGGAUAUGUUUGAUGAAUUAGAAAGCAAAGAAAUGGUCGAAGCUAGGACUAGGGCUAAUCCUUAUGAGACAAUCAAAGGGGCGAUAUUCUUGAAUAGAGCUGCUAUGAAGAUGGCUAAUUUAGACUACGUAUAUAAGUAUAUAUUUACCAAUCCAAGAGAUGAUAAAGGCAACGAAAAGAUAAGAUCAUUGGAUAUACUUUACUUUGCCGAUAUUUGCGCUGGACCGGGAGGAUUUACGGAAUAUGUACUCUGGAAACGAAGAUGGCACGCGAAAGGAUUUGGAAUCACUCUGAAAGAUCCAAAGAAUGCGAGCGACUUCAAGUUAACUGAUUUCUUAGCUGGUACUCCGGAAACGUUCGAGCCAUACUAUGGUGUAAACGGUGUUAAUGGAGACGGUGAUGUAACACGGACAGAAAAUUUGAGGGCAUUUGCCGAGUUUGUUCGCAGUUCAUCUGAAGGAGGUGUUCAUUUUGCCAUGGCGGAUGGUGGAUUUUCUGUUGAAGGGCAAGAGAAUAUACAAGAGAUUCUAAGUAAACAGCUGUAUCUGUGUCAGUUUUUAUGCGCUAUCAGUGUUCUACGAGAAGGAGGAAAUUUCGUUUGCAAACUAUUUGAUAUUUUUACUCCAUUCAGUGUUGGCUUACUAUACUUGUUCUAUCGUAUAUUCCGUCGUAUAUCAUUAGUGAAACCUUUAACUAGUAGGCCUGCAAACUCAGAAAGGUAUAUAGUUUGUGAAGGUUAUAGAAAUGCAGACGAUGUUAGAGACUAUUUUUAUAGUGUAAAUGACAAGAUAAAUGAAUUAAAAUUGGCCGAAAGGAAAGAGGCUGUAGUUUUUACGACAUCUUAUAAACGUAGUGAAAAGACUUCAGGUAGUGAAGAGGAUUAUUUCAAUACGAGUGAAAAUGAAAAUUCAAAUCAGCUCUCUGAUAGUGAGAUUGAAUCGGAUCAACAAGAUGAGGAAUUAGGAGCUGAAUUAAUGACUAACGCACUUCAAGAUGAUAGGACGAUAAUUCAAGAUAAAUCUAGCAAACAUAAUCUCGAUGUUACGGAGGUAGUACCUUUGGAUGUUAUUCGUGGUGACAAAGCUUUUUUUGAAUAUGUUGUGCAGUCAAAUAAUAGGAUAAAUUCAUCAUUUCAAAAUAGUAUUGGUGUAGCCCAAGUGUAUGCUCUGCGAAAAAUUCAAGCUUUUGCCAAAAACAGGUUUCAAUUAGAUUAUUUUAUUCCUACCAAUCCUAGGAGUAAGCGAAAUAUACCAUCACCAAGGGAUACAUUUUUCAAGUUACUGAAUACUUCUUUAGAUGAUUGGGAGACUAAUAAUAGAAUUAUAGAGGUAACUAAGAGUACAAUAAAGAGAAUGACAGCUAUCUAUAAUUAUAGAUUUACGAUUUCUGGAGGACGGCGAUAUUUUAUCCUGAGCUUAUCAGGAAAGUUUAUCUAUCGGACGAGUUUUGAUAAGUACGGGAAUAUGGAUGUUAACAAAUGGGAAGAACUAUCAAAUAGUGAAAAUCGGAUAAACUUAGAAAUGCCGGAAAACACGUUGAUUGAAGCAGAAAUUGUAACAGAGUAUCGUGGCGAGGGUAAAAGCCAGAAACACGUAAAUGCUAUUCAUAUUGUGGAUAUCGCUUUUCUUGGUGGUGAUGAUUAUCGUAAUUUCCAUAUUAAAGAAAGAUUGAGAUAUGCUGAAAAAUUUGUUAAAGCCUUGCAAAAGAAGUCCAUCAAUACGGCUACUCCUUUAAGGGUUAAGUUAUUGCACAGAUUAAACGAUUCAUCUACAAUCCUUGCACGUUUACAAUCUAAGAAAAUGAAAGGAUCUCGGGGAAGGAAGAAUUGCUGUAUCGUAGGUUCUGAUAAAUCUGACGAUAGUUGCUUCUUUAUCCCUACUGGAUUGUAUAUAGUUAAAGAUAUUUUAGAUCCUUGGGUAGUAAGAAUUAGUAAUACGCAUAAUAGAUAUUAUUUCUUUAAUACUGCAAAUAAUUCGAGUCAGUAUGAUCUUCCUCAAGAAGAUAUUGCAAGUUUUAGACAAUGUCAUGAAUUACGGUUGUUUUGGCCGUGGGAUGAUAGUAAUGAUUUCGUGGAUAGUAACACUGCUAAGAUUAAAGGCAACCGUGAUGAUAAAGUCAGCAAAGAUGAACUUCUAGAUUUUAUCAAGGUUACUUUAAGUGGUGGUAAUCGCUAA